AUGGCAGUAACACACCUCACUAGGCACCAAUUAUCCACCUUAGCCAAUCGACCAUUUUCUCUCCUCCGCCGCCCCAACCUCCUCAUCUUCUCCUCCCUCAAACUCAACCUCCCCACAAUCGUCAAACCCAAAUCCACGCUCUCCGUCGCCGAGCCCAUCCCCCUCACUCAACUCUCCGGCUCCGACGCCGGCGACGUCGUUUUCCCGCCCCAACCCCAGCUCACGCUCGACAAGCUCUUCGUCCCGCCGGAGACGGAGGUUUCCUUCGACGAGGACAGUAACCUGACCGCCAGAGUCCUGAAGGGGUCGAAUAUAGUGGUGAGCAAGUACGCGAGGGACGCCCAGGUGGUGCAGGCGGAGUUCGUGAAGAGUAGCGUCAAGACGGAGGACUGCCCUUCUGAUGGGUCCCCGGAGUUCGCCCUCGUCGGGAGGUCUAAUGUUGGUAAAUCUUCGCUACUCAAUUCCCUUGUGAGAAGGAAACGGCUCGCCCUCACCUCUAAAACGCCCGGGAAGACGCGAUGUAUCAACCACUUUCGGGUCAAUGAUAGCUGGUACUUGGUCGAUUUGCCUGGAUAUGGGUAUGCAUCUGCUUCUCGCGAAGAUAGGACAGACUGGGACAAGUUCACCAAAGACUAUUUCAUCAAUCGCUCAACCUUGGUCUCCGUGUUCCUACUGAUAGAUGCCAGUAUUCCUGCCAAGAAAAUUGAUCUCGAUUAUGCCAGUUGGCUGGGUCAGAAUCAGAUUCCAAUGACAUUGGUCUUUACCAAAUGUGACAAGCGGAAGAAAAGGAAGAACGGUGGAAAGAGGCCAGAAGAGAAUGUGAAAGAUUUUCAGGAGUUGAUACAAGGAUUUUUUGAUACCCCACCUCCUUGGAUUAUGACAAGCAGUGUUACUAAUCAAGGUCGUGAUGAAAUCUUGCUGCACAUGGCUCAGUUGCGGAACUAUUGGCUCAAGCAUUGA